AUGAGCGCCGAGACGCGGAGCCCCAGCGCGUCGCCCAGCAGCGACGACAGCGCGUCCCCCAACGCCAACAGCAGCAGCAGCAAGAACGCGACGGCCGACGGCAAGCCCAAGAAGUGCCGCUUCAACGACUGCGACAACCUCGCGGUGGACGGCACGAGCAAGUGCGCGUUCCACAAGAACCGGCGCCAGUGCUGCGUCGAGAACUGCACCAACCAGGUCUACGCGCGCAAGCUGUGCGUGCGCCACGGCGGCAAGAAGCAGUGCCAGGCCGACAACUGCGAGGCGCACGCGCGCGGCGGCGGCUUCUGCCUGCAGCACGGCGGCUUCGUGGUCAAGCGCUUCUGCAUCGUCGAGGGCUGCUCCAAGCAGGCCCACGCGCGCCAGAAGUGCGUGCGCCACGGCGGCGGCCGCCGGUGCAAGGUGGACGGCUGCAUGCAGCACGCGCGCGCCGGCGGCCUGUGCAACCGCCACUCGCACGGCCACGAGUGCCGCGUGGAAGGCUGCAACAAGACGGCGCAGCACUCGGGCUCCAUCUGCUUCCGCCACGCCAUGGAGCUGCGCGCGCACGGCGAGGAGGUGCCCGAGCUCAACAUCUCCAAGGGCGGUCGCCUCAGCAGCAAGAAGCGCCAGCAGCAGCAGCGCGAGCAGCAGAUGAAGCAGGAGCAGUUCCACCACCAGCAGAUCCAGCAGCAGAUCCACCAGCCACAGCCGCACAUGCCGCAGCACCACCCGCACAUGCAGCAGCACAUGCCGCACGGGCACCACCAGCCUCACCAGCAGCAGCCGCAGCACGCGGCGCCGCCCCACCCGCUCACCAUCCAGGUGCCGCAGAGCCAGCCCAUGGGCCCGCCCCCGCAGCAGCAGCAGCAGCAGCCGUCCUCGGCCUCCAACCCCUUCGGCCUGCCGCUCAAGAUCAACGUGCCCACGACCAUGCCCAAGUUCAGCCUGCGCACGCCGCUCGGCAACAGCUUCCCGACGCCGCGCAGCCACGAGUUCAGCCUGCUCAUGGGCCUCCCGUCCCCGCAGAUCGACAACUCGCAGCUGCCCAGCGUGCUGGCCAUGACCAACUCGGGCGCCAACGCCACGUCCAGCGGCCAGCGCACGCCCGGCAUCGACAGCUUCCUGUCGAGCGGCCCGCCCAGCGUUUCGCGCGGCGGCAGCAACUACCUGUCGCUCGGACUGUUCCCCACGCCGCGGCUCGCGGACCGCACGCCCGGCGGCUCGGACGACGCCAUGAUGAGCGACUACAUCAAGCUCAUGGGCCCGGACACGCCCAUGGCCUUCCACCCGAACGGCCAGUUCGGCUCGGCCCCGCUGCUCGAGAACAUCGGCACCAACGUGUUCGACCAGAACAGCCAGAACCACCAGAACAGCGCCAACGGCGGCCGCAACCACAUGGCCGCCAUGGCCGCGGCCGCCGCCGUGCACGGCAACAGCAACGGCCAGCAGCGCAUGAAGAUGGACUUCCUGUCCCCGCGUGGCCUGGCGGCGCACAACUUCCAGAGCACCGGCUUCCCCACGUCCACGACGAGCGAGGGCAUGAGCGCGGCGUCCUCGGGCGACUACGCGGCCCAGUUCUUCGCGGACAACAAGAACGACAAGGCGCGCGGCCCCAUGAAGACGUCGAGCGUCUCGGUGGCCACGACGCCCACCCCCAAGCCCACGGGCGUGACCGCCGCGUAG